AUGCAGGCGGGUGUGCCGAUUUCUGGAAGUGCACUGGAUGAGCUGAGUGCUCCCGCUGCUGAAGGCAGCUGCUUUCAAGUUGCAACUGGAGGACUAUCCUUUCCUGUGCCACUUCAGCCAACUGGCAACAUAUUCAUUGUCUUGAAUUGGACAAAUGCCACCGAGCCCUGUGUGGCCGUGGUGCCACAUCCAGAGGAUUGCAGCACUUGUUCCUUUGGCCCAGACAGCUGUCGAGCUAAUUCACGCUUGGAGGGCCCGGACAAGGAGACCCUGCUUUCUUAUCAGCUUCCACGUCAGCCCUUUAUGUUGACCGACGACCUGAAUGCACGGCACGAGCAUUCGGUUUGCAUCAGGGAGGCUAAUGGCACUGUGCCGUCCCUUCGGUUGCUGGGGCGGAUUGCCUACUACAGGAAGCCACAAGUAAGCUUCAUCAAGAACAUUUUGAUCAUUGGCGUUCGGACCUUCAUCAACCCGGGCUGGCACGAAGAGAUACAUUUGCAGUGCACCAACUGCUCAGCAGCAAGCCAGGUGGUGGUUCAGCCUAUCUCCUAUGACUCGCGCUGCCGCAGCGUCACGCAGCAGAUGCUGGCAGCUCUGGCAGUUGCCAACCGUCACGAGGAGAUGCCAGCUUCAGUGGACAUAUCGGAAUUGCGCAACAGUCAGAUGGAGGAAGCUGCACAGCAUGGCACGACGGCCGGAAUCAAUUGUCCAGUGCCUUCAUCCGGUCCAUGCUCUGGUUACGCCGACGGAGCAUUCGCGGUGGGCUACCGGAAGUCCACUGACUAUGAUGACACAUCGCACGCCACAUUCAUUCUGGACAGCUCCAGAAGGUUAACUGGUCACGAGAAGCAGAUCUUCUUCCACCAUAGGAGCGCAAUUUGCCUCUAUCCAGGAGGGCCAGCAGCGCAUGGCUGGUUGGUGGGCUUCGCAGUGGUCCACAUGCCCUUCGACUGA